AUGGAUGCAGAAAAAGCUAUUGUUGAUACGCAACCGAUUGCAGAACCGUCCGAGCCACACGAGGAACCAAAAGAGCAAGUACCUAAGGGAGAAGAGUAUGCUUACCUCGACGCCACUGGCUUCACUUCCGAGCUGUUUAAAAUCGAACUUCGAAGUUUACCAAAAUACUACGGAAUUGGCGAAUUGAAAAAACUGCUAAACGUGAAGCUAAAAUUGUCCACAAACAAGAUAAAGAUCAUGAAACCCGGAAGCCCCUUCAUUUUCAUAUGCUUCAGGAAUCAGGAGGAUCGUGAGAAGGCAAUCAAAGAGUUAAACGGUUACAAAUGGAAGGGAAAACAGUUGUCUGCUUUCGAAGCGAAACCGGCAGCGGAUCCAUUGGUUCGUCGACGCAAGGAAGCUUCGGAAGCGGAUGGCGAACCGUUGAAUGUGAAGCGACGCACUGUUGAAGCUUCAGCCACAGCCCUUGCAUACCUUCCAUACGAGGAGCAAAUCAAGCAGAAACAAUCCGAGAUGGAGAACGUCUUACAAAAGUUUGGAAAUGAGUUGUGGUCCUCAGUUCCUGCGCUGAGGCCUUUUGUGGAAAAACAACGAGCACUGCACGGAGGCCUACCGUGCGCCCUCGAACCAAUCCGGCAAUCCCCUGUGCAAGAUGGGUAUCGCAACAAGUGUGAAUUCACCAUCGGGAAAGAUGCACAGGGUGUAAAACGCGUUGGAUUCCGCGUUGGCAGCUAUUCUAACGGCUUCCUGGAAGUGGAGUCUGUUCAAAAGUUAAAACAUAUUCCGGAAUGCAUGAAGCAAACAGUGCAAUUGUUUGAGGAGUAUGUUCAGAAUUCUGUGCUGGAGGUGUACAGUGCGGAAACGUAUCAAGGAUACUUCCGACAGCUAACCGUGCGUAUGUCUCACGCUACGGCUCAAGUGAUGGUCAUUGUUGGAAUACACCUGCAGGAUCUGUCGGAAGCCGAUCAGAAGAGCUUAAAGCAAUCGAUUGUCGACUGUUUCACGUCGGAAGCCGGCAAACUGGCCGGCGUUUGUUCAAUUUAUUUUGAAGUCAUUCAGAAACGCCAACAAGGACAGUACACAAACCCGAUCGAACAUCUAUAUGGGGACACACACAUCGAGGAUGAGAUUCUGGGCAUGACUUUCCGUAUCAGCCCUCAAGCGUUUUUCCAGAUCAAUACUCCCGCAGCGGGUGUACUGUACCAGUGUGCCAUCGAUUUCGCCGCACCGGAUUGCGCCUCGAGUGUGCUCGACAUAUGCUGCGGCACAGGAACCAUCGGACUUUGCUUCGCACGGCACUGCCGGCAGGUGUUGGGUGUAGACAUUGUUCCACAGGCGAUCGAAGAUGCCAAAUACAAUGCCAAACGUAAUGGUGUCGAGAACUGCAAGUUUUAUGCAGGAAAUGCUGAUGAUUUUAUUAUGUCGUUAAUACGUCACGCAGAUGUAGAACAGAACCGAAAGGAAUCGCUCAUUGCAAUCGUCGACCCACCGAGAGCCGGACUUCAUAUUCGAUCGAUCACCCAACUACGCAACGCCCGCGGCUUGGACAAAUUGGUGUACGUUUCGUGCUCACCUCAAAGUGCUAUAAAGAACUGGAUUGAUCUGAUGCGUCCUUGUUCCAAGCAGCUGCGCGGUGAACCUUUUCUGCCUCGUAAAGCAGUGGCGGUAGAUCUGUUCCCACAUACUCCACACACGGAGCUGGUGAUUCUGUUUGAGCGGGAACCGGAGUGCAACGAACGAGCGGAAGACGAAGCCACUGCAGUUGAGACAAAUACUUCUUAGCCGGCAUUUGGCAUGGAAGAUUCAGCCAGCAUUAUCGUUUAGGCUGGACUGUACCACAAU